AUGUUUAAUUCUGCUCCGCCUUCCGAUGACACUCAGGAUGCUUUACAAGGAGCUUUAGAACCUCAUCUUCAAGAUAAUAAGGCAUCUAUUUCUUCAGAGGUAGAGCCUUUUUCUGAGACUGGUACUUCCAAAUCUUCGACUCCCUUAGAUAAAAUGAAUAUUAUCGUUUCUCAUGAUCCUGAAAGGAACAACAUAGCAGAGCAGUGUAAAACAAUUGUCCCAGAAGGCAGUGAUCGUAAUGGGGGCGAUAAUGUUUCUAAUAAUGGAUCAUCUGAUGAGACAGGCAAGCAGCCAACGAAGCUUUCUGAUCUCGAUUCCUUAGCUUCCGGCUCCAUCCAACCAGCUUCCACCUCGAUGUCGCUUGAAGAAACAUCGGUAAGCCUUAUGGUUGAUGCAGCUGAUCUAGACUACGGUGAUGGCGACGGUGACGGUGAUCUUGAGGCUCAGCAUGAAAACGUUACUACUCCAGCGGCUUCUGGAAAAUCUUCGACGUGUCAAGGACCUGUUCUAGAGGUUCCUACGCCACAGCUCUUACAUACGCCACUAGCCAAUACUUCGACCACACCAGAGGAUGCUGGACUACCCUCU